UAAUAAUCUGUUCACACUUCACACACUCUUUCUUCAUAUUCAUUUAUAAAUCACACACUUGUGUUUGUCUCUUUCUCUCUAUUCUCUACUACCUUUUUUUUCUUUUUCAUUUGAAUUUGUUUAUGAUGAUGUCUAAAAUGGAUAUGGAAGGAAGUAUAGGCACUAAGGAACAUCUCGCGAAAGGAAAGCGAACCAAACGAGGGAUAAGGAUGUUGUCUCCUUGCACCGUGGCGAACACCACGGUGACGUCGAGUUGCUCGAGUGCUAUUGGAGAUGGUGGAAGAUCGUUCUCAUCCACCACCUUCGAUAGCACUGAGCAGGAUGAGGAGGCUGACAUGGCUAACUGUUUGAUUCUCCUAGCUCAAGGAAGAACCGGAGGACAAGAAGAGAAACGUUGUCAUAACCACCGUCAACCAGACGGUGGUUAUAACAAUAUAGUAACAGAAAAGGCAACAAGAAACGGUUUUGAAAGCUAUGAGUGCAAAACUUGUAACCGUUUUUUCCAUUCAUUUCAAGCGUUGGGUGGACACAGAGCAAGUCACAAGAAACCCAAGAUGAAAGAAAUCAUUUCCGCAGGUGAAACCGAAGAACAAAACAAUCAUAUUCAUAACAAGAAUGUUUCUACUAUUAGUCCUCUUGUUCCUCCUCAUGUUUCUCUUGAAUUAAGGUGUGGUGGUAAUCUAAACUUCCAUGGCCAUGGAAACAAUAACAAACCCAAUAGAUCCAACAAGGUUCAUGAGUGUUCGAUUUGCGGCGCGGAGUUUACAUCAGGUCAAGCAUUGGGUGGUCAUAUGAGAAGACACAGAGCGUGUACUAACAAAAACAACAACAACAACGUUGGUGAUGUUCAUGGGAAGACUCGAAAUAUUCUAGAAUUGGAUCUUAAUCUUCCGGCGCCGGAGGAGGAUCUCCGGGAUUCAACUUUUCAGUUUCCGGCAAUGGUGGGUUGCCAUUAUUAGGCCAGGGUGGGUAGAUUGGAUGAAUGGUGAAGGAAGAUUAUAUUUUAAUUUGAUCAAUUAUGGUCAUUGUGAAUUAAUUAUCAUAAUUAUUAUUAUUAGCUUUAUUUUAAUUUACAAUUAUUCGAAAUUAUGGAUUCAUUCGAUUUAUAUGAAUAAUAUAUAUUUUUUCAUUCCA